AUGCCUUCUUCACCUUCUACCAACCAGCCCUACAGCAAGUAUGGAUACAGCACCAGCAACAGCUCUGGUGGCUCGACUUACACAGGCGGACAGGGCACCUCCAGUGGUGCCAUGCUCAGCCAGUGGGUCACAACUCCAGACAGAACGGAAAACUUCUACGUCACAGGCCAAAGGACAGGCCGCAGUACCAUGGAAGGCAUCGACAGGGCUCUCGAGUUUGACGAGAGGUUCAACAAAAGAUGA